CCCUGACGGCCUGCUCUGAGGGAGGAGGAAGCCGCUCCGCCGGAGCUGCGAUGGGGAUUUGAACGCACCUCCGCGAAGAAGACAGCGCAGCACGGCCCGGCUCAGAGCGCAGCGGGCGGGUCCGCCUCACUUUAACCCCCCGGUUUGGAUGUACCCUGAUCGGAUUCGGCCUGCUGCUGACUGAGCGGUUCGUUGGGCGGUUGUUGCUCGGAGCUGGAGGCCGGGAGCAGGACAGCGUCUGCCCGGGCUGCUGCUGCUGGUGGCGGAGUGUCGCCGUCGGUCGGUUCCCGCGGAGAGCGGAGCGGAGCCUGCAGGGACCUGCUGCUGCUGCUGCUCCUCUCUGUGUGUGUUUGUGCCUUUCUUUUCUCCUCCGCGCCUGGACUCGCGUACACACGUUACACACGGGAUUAACUGAUUAACGCUCCGGUACCGGGGAGUUGGAUGUGUGUUUUGCCCCGCAGGAGUCACCUGGAGUCCGGGCGGAGAGACGGGGCCGAUGGCGCAACGGUAUGAAGACCUGGCCCACUACGGGCUGGAGGGGGUGGGCGGGGUGUACGGAGACCCACACCAGCAUCACCACCACCAUGCCGCUGCUGCCCGCUCUCUGCAGGCCGUGCACCUGGCCGCCGCCGCCGCUGCUGGGCCAUACCCUCCGCACCAGUACGCCCAGUCCACCCACACCAGCAGCAGCAUGGGCGCCACAGCUGGGGACACCGUCAAGAGGGACAAAGACGCCAUUUAUGGACAUCCUUUAUUCCCCCUGCUCGCACUGAUUUUUGAAAAAUGUGAACUGGCGACCUGCACGCCGAGAGAGAGCGGUGUGGCCGGAGGAGACGUCUGCUCCUCAGACUCCUUCAACGAGGACAUUGCCGUCUUCUCCAAACAGAUCCGAUCAGAGAGGCCUUUAUUUUCAUCAAACCCAGAGCUGGAUAAUUUGAUGGUCCAGUCGAUACAAGUGCUACGCUUCCAUCUCCUGGAGCUGGAGAAGGUUCAUGAGCUUUGCGAUAACUUCUGUCAUCGGUACAUCAGCUGUCUGAAAGGGAAAAUGCCCAUCGAUCUGGUUAUAGACGACCGAGACGGAAACAAGUCAGACAGUGAGGACUUCAUCAGGUCAUCAGGGAACAACAUGGAUCAGAUAUCAUGGAGCAGAGAUCAUGACGACGCAGCAUCGAUCCGGUCGGCCGGGACGCCGGGACCAUCCAGCGGCGGACACACGUCUCACAGCGGCGACAACAGCAGCGAACAAGGUGACUGCCUGGAUAACGGUGUGGCUUCUCCCAGCACAGGAGACGACGACGACCCCGACAGAGACAAACUGCACAACAAAAAAAGAGGCAUCUUCCCCAAAGUGGCCACCAACAUCCUGAGAGCCUGGCUUUUUCAGCACCUGACGCACCCGUACCCUUCAGAGGAGCAGAAGAAGCAGCUGGCUCAGGACACCGGCCUCACCAUCCUGCAGGUCAACAACUGGUUCAUCAACGCGAGGCGGCGGAUCGUUCAGCCAAUGAUCGACCAGUCCAACAGAGCAGUGAGCCACGCAGGACCGUACGGCCCAGAUGGUCAGCCAAUGGGAGGCUUCGUUAUGGACGGACAGACACACAUGGGAAUCAGACCACCUGGUCCUAUGGGUGGCGUGGGGAUGGGGAUGGGCGUGGAGGGACAGUGGCACUACAUGUAGCACCACCGCCACCCUGCAGCCAGAGGACUCGCCCAGUGUCCCGGCAAACCACCGACUCCAUCAGCAGGUCGGCAGACCUCCUCGGCAGGCGUGGAGCAGGACCCUAAGCCUCCUCACCCCUCAGCCCCACCCCUCUGGGCAUCUACCUGGCCUGAUAAGGUAAACACCUGAUGGCUGCCGUCUCCAUGGCCACCGGAGACGCUUUGUGGCUUAAAACCAAACACAAAAACAAAGAGACUGUGGGGACACACGGAGAUCCUGGGUGGAAAUAAUAAACAGCUGUGUGUCCUCACUGAUGACGCUUGGGAGGAUUUCUCUGAAUCAGGACACAAACGUCGACGUGGCGUCUUUGGAUUUGAUCAUUUCCUGUGAUGUCAGCAGCCCAGAGUGCCGUCUUACAGAUUUUGUUUCCUCUUUGGACUACAGAAGCCUGAAGUGGACAUUUUGACACCAGCAGAUCAUCCCUCCCCUCCUCUCUAGCAGUUGAACUCAUAUCGACAUGAAGCUGAUGUCUGUAUUUCCCGAGGCGUUCUUUUGAAACACGUCUACAAACAGUUUUUUCAAGAGACCGAAGCUCUGAAAAAUGGACGGCAGAGGUCACGUGACAGAGCGCUGUUUACUGAGGACUCUCAGAGGACGAGAGACAAGUCGUUACAAGUGCUCUGCUGCUGCCUUUUUGCAUCAUAUACUGUUUUAAAGGAAAGGACUUUGACUGUUUGACUUUCCACACUGUGUGUGUUUGUCUUUUUUCAUAGACGUCUGUCUCCCCUCGAGCCCCACAAACCUUUGAGUUCUAAAAUAAAAAAGUGAAGCAAA